AUGGCAAUCCAGCAGAUGGGUGACAGGGGACAGGUGGCUGCUGAGAUGCUUGACCGGAGAAGGGGCAGCCACUGUGAGGACAGGAAGCAGACGCUGUUGGCCUUGCUGGCCUUGGUACUGUACUUGGGCACAGGGAUCUCAGGGAGAAGUUGGGAUGUGUCAGAAAUGGCCAGAGAGUGUAACUACCCCCAGGAUCCCGUGGUUUCCCAGGGGUUUGAAUAUCACCCCAGUGAGCCCACUGGUGAGCCGACCACGGUCCUGAGGAACUGGCUGAAAAAGAACUUGCACGUGUUCCUGGAGAAGGUAGAGGAGGAGGUGCGGGAGCUAGAACAGCUGGUGCGCGACCUAGAGUUUUGGCUGGACGCUCUUCUGGGGGAGCCACACCCAGAGGACCCCUGCUCCGCCCAUAGGAGUCACUUGUGA